CGGUGAGUGGCGGUUAAUGAUCGCGUUUGCUUUCGAGGAAGAGACGAGAGGAAACGCAGCAGCACCGAGAGCCACAUUGGGAACCUGAAGAGUGUCAAACAUGUCAAUAUUCACACCUACUAACCAGAUCAGGUUAACAAAUGUUGCCGUCGUGAGGAUGAAGAAAGGAGGGAAGAGGUUUGAAAUAGCCUGUUACAAAAACAAAGUGAUGAGUUGGAGAUCCGGAGCGGAGAAGGACCUUGACGAAGUCCUACAAACAAACACAGUGUUUGUCAAUGUGUCUAAAGGUCAAGUGGCAAAGAAAGACGACCUGUCAAGCGCUUUCGGCACAGAUGAUCUGACAGAAAUAUGCAAACAGAUUUUGGCUAAAGGAGAGCUACAGGUGUCAGACAAGGAACGACAGAGUCAGCUGGAGCAGAUGUUUCGUGACAUCGCAACUAUAGUGGCAGAGAAAUGUGUGAAUCCUGAGACCAAACGACCCUAUACAGUGAGCCUCAUAGAGAGAGCCAUGAAGGACAUUCACUACUCUGUGAAAGCAAACAAAAGCACUAAACAACAGGCUCUUGAGGUCAUCAAGCAGCUGAAGGAAUCCAUUCAGAUUCAGAGAGCUCACAUGCGGCUGCGCUUCAUCCUGCCAGCCAAAGAUGGGAAGAGGCUGAAAGAGAAGCUCAAACCCUUAAUAAACACAGUGGAGAACGAGGAGUUUGAUGAUCAGCUGGAGAUGGUGUGUCUGAUAGAUCCCGGUUGUUUCCGUGACAUUGAUGAGCUGAUCCGCUGUGAGACUAAAGGGAAGGGGACGCUGGAGGUGCUCAGUCUCAAAGAUGUGGAGGAAGGAGACGAGAAACUAGAAUAACCAACACAUUAAACUAUUGCUGACUCAUUUUAUAUGGAGAGCCUUUUUUGAUCAGUUAUUUCACACUAUAUGGCCUAACUGUUAACAGUGUAUUCACAGGCUGAAAUGACAAUACUACACUGGUUAUCUCAUUUUAAAAUAUAUAUAUGUAUCCCUUAAAGACAGGAUUAUGCUCAGUUGCAAUAAUUUAUUUUCUGUGAAAAUGAAACUAAUUUGGAAUGUUUAAUAAUAAUAAAAAUAAUUAUGAAAAUAAUAUGAAGUGAGAUUAUCUAAGAGUGUGUUGUUUGCCACAAUUA